AUGCUUUCAAAUUUCAGGCUCUAUCCGCCUGAAACCAACCCCAUGAGAAAAUCGAUUUCAACACCAACUACAACGUUCUUCUUUCUCACGGUAUACAACAUAGUGCUGACAGUGAGACUGUCAUAUAUCCACGACUGUCCCAAGCAUCCAGUACAUAAAAUACCGCAAAUCGUGUACGAGAAAUACCAAAGAGAAGCUGAAGAUCUCGAAGAUGGGCCACUGCCCAGGCUAGACUUAAAUUUGGGACGAUGGGACAACCGACGAAAAUACAAAUACUUUGAUAAUUUUUUAGUAGGUCGAAAGUUCGCCAUUUUAAGCAACUUAUACGAAACAUGUCUGGCAACGCAAGGAUCCUUGGACAAAUUGCCUUCCUUGAUAGAAGUGGCGCAGAAUUGGAACGGACCGAUAUCAUUGGCCACAUUUGCCGCUAGCGAAGACGAAUUAAACGCUCUUUUAUUAUACGUUCUAUAUCUCAGAAAAUGCAACGAACGAAUCGCCGACAAAGUGACAUUCCACCUGGCCCUAACCACAGAACGCAGACCUAAGAAAUUCAACAUCGAUACAUUGAAACUGAAGGAAUUGAAUUGUGAUAAUCCUUUGGGUGUGAUGCAACAUUUAACUAAGAAUUUUCAAAGAGGCACUAAUCAAUGGAGAACCAGAUUGUCCUAUCCCCAGAACCACGUGCGCAACCUGGCGAGAAAGAACUGCCAAACCAAUUAUGUGUUCUUGACAGAUGUGGAUAUUAUUCCUAGUAGAGGGAUGGCGGAGAUUUUGGAUGCUUUCUUGAGAGACGCUAAAUGCAAUGACAAAUGCGCCUACGUUGUGCCAACAUACGAAAUUGACGAAAGGGUGAUGUUUCCUCAUAAUAAGACUGAAUUGGUUCGAUUGGCCAGCAAAGGAUUGGCAAGGCCCUUCCAUCAUAAAGUGUUUAUUUACAAUCAGUACGCUACAAAUUUUUCCAGGUGGCAAAAUACGAGAGAUGACACAGAUGAUGUACAUAUCAGCCAUCCUGUGACGAAUUUUGAGUUUUUUUAUGAGCCUUUCUAUGUAGCUCCUGAUACAGUUCCUCCGCAUGAUGAAAGGUUUAUCGGUUAUGGAUACACUAGAAAUAGUCAGGUAUAUGAAAUGUACGUUUCUGGAUAUAAAUUCGAAGUUUUAUCACCGAUUUUUACGUGCCAUUGGGGUCUGCAAGUGAAGCAUUCGAGGCCGCCUUGGAGAGAGCAUCAAAACGCUUUGAACAGAAAAUUGUUCGAAGGUUUUAAGAAGGAAUUGUUUGCUAAAUAUAACAAGGAUCCUUUAAAUCUCGUCAAAAAGGCAAAUUGAAUAAAUACACUGGACUAUUCCUGUAAAGGGACCACUUCGAAAGUUUAUUGUUUGACUUUAAUAUAGUAAACACAGCAAUUAUGAAACGGCUAUUUAUUUAGCUACUUCAGAGUAACAGUGCAAUAAAAU